AUGACAGAGGACAACAAAAGAGGGUUCAUUCAGACGCGAUUGGAUUCCCUUCACGAGAUUGAUAACAAUAUCGUUAAAUUGCUAGAUGGAAUCGGUUCUAUUUUCGAUACAUACAUUGAACCUAGUAAACAAGACGUGCAAGAUCUCGCAACGACAAAAGAGAAGUUUAUAGAUGGCACGAAACGAAUAUACUCGCUUCUUGGAAGCAUUGCCAUAGGUCUACGGAAGGAGGUGAAGAUCAUGGAUGAAAAUAUUGGCGUGUAUGAUAAGAAUGAUGAAAAUGUCAUGAUCCUACCCAUCAGCAUUGACCAAAAGCACACCUCGCUUGGAAGAGACAGGUUAGAAAAGGAGGUCAAAAACAUGCAAGAGAUUGUCAAGAUAGAUCAUGCUGACGGUCAAGUCAAGGUUGAGGAGAAGGAUGUGUCUGAGGUUAGAAGAGACGGUCAAGAAGAAGCUAAAGACGAGGUAAGUGCACCUCUCGAAGGAGAGGUCAACGACAACGACAUGACGGUGGAUUAA